GGGGUCCCAAGUGGAGUUCAUUGUUUCUACUUCUCGCAUGCAUCCAUUUUGUUUUCUUUUUAUUUUAGAUGCGGUGUUGUGAAAUCUGAUGGCAUGCUUAGACAUGUACAACAACUCCGAGCACAAGCGUGAUGCUAAUCACCACCACCACCACCAUCAUCAUCAUCAUCAGUGCGCUCCAAUGAGCCCUAGAAUCUCUUUCUCAAAUGAUUUUGUGGAUGUGCAGCAGGCCAUGAAGCAACAAGAACAAAGAGGCUCAAGAUCAGACGCGCCUGCAGUGUCCUCUGACUUCGAAUUUUCGGUCACGAACUACUCCAUGAUGAGUGCUGAUGAGCUUUUCUUCAAGGGCAGGUUGUUGUCGUACAAGGACAAUUGCAACAACCACAUGAUGCAGCAAAGGGCCACCACCACUCUCAAGGAAGAGCUCCUCACAAAUGAUGAUGAAUAUGAUCAGGGCUUUUCUCUCAGGCCACCCAAGGCCUCUUCAACUAGGUGGAAGGGCCUUUUGGGUCUCAGAAAGACUCACAUUGGCUCCAAGAAGCCUCACAAGACUACUGAACCUUCUUCAGAACCAAGGUCUGCAUUGCUCAAUGAAGCUCCUCCCAUUAAUGUCACUUCUUCUGAGGAACAGCUACAUGAAGGAGGCUCAAAAUAUGGACCUUAUGGGGUCGGUGACAGUGUUGAAUAUUUGUAGAGGAAUGGAGCUUCUCUUUUUUUCUCCUUCCUUCUUUGUUUCUUUUAGCCUUUUCUUGCCUUGCUGUCAAGGUGGAGGGAGGAAAAGGGUCGUCUUCUUUUGUUCUCUUUUGUUUUUCUCUUCAUUGGGAUGAUGAGUUCAGUAAGUUUGUUUGUGUUAGGAUUUGGCUGUUUUCUUUUAUUCUCUCGUGUAAUUUCUCUUGAAUGUAGAAUUUGCCUAU